AUGUCAAAACUUUUUAAAGAAUUAUUACAAGAAUUAUAUAUAAUCCUUUUAAACGCAGAAGUUGAAGAAAUUUGUGAUUCUAAAAAAGAUAAAUUAAAUGAAUUUAUAAAUAAUUUUUUAUUUGAGUAUGAUUUAGAUCCUAAAAAUGUAUUUGAAAUUAUUACAAGUAAUUCUCAAAAUAUUUAUUAUUAUUCAAGUUUGGUUGGAUUUUUUUAUCAAAAUGGUAUUGGUUGUAAUGUAGAUGAAAUUAAAGCAUAUGAAAUAUUUUCUAAUGCUGUUAAAAAUAAUAAUCAAAGAUCAAAAUCAAAAUCAAAAUCAACAGAUCAAGAAAAUGAUUCUAUUUCAUUUUAUUGUAAUGAUAAUAAUAAUAUAAAUGAAAUAAUUGUACAAUAUUUUUAUUCAUUAUUUCUUUAUAAAGAUAUUAUAUUAUUUAGAAAAGAUAAUUAUAAAUUACAUAAGAGAAAUGCUGAAAAUGGUGAUCCAGUAUCACAAUAUUAUAUAGGUAUUUGUUGUCAUUAUGGUAAAAAUAUUGAUGGAGAUUAUGAAAAGUCAUUUGAAUGGUAUUUAAAAUCAUCAGAAGGUGGAAAUAUUAAAGCAACUUAUGUAUUAGGUUUAAGAUAUAUGUUAGGUUUACGUUAUCAAAAUGGAUAUUAUAUUAUGAAAGACGAAGAAAAAGGUUUUGAAUUAAUUUUAGAAUCUGCUGAAGGAGGUCAUAAAUAUGCUUCUCAUAAAUUGGGUGAAUUUUAUGAAAAUGGUAUAUGCGUUUUAAAAGAUAAGAAGAAAGCUUUUGAUUGGUAUUUAAAAGCUGCAAAUAAAGGUGAUAGUCAUUGUCAAUAUUUAAUAUCAAAUUAUUAUUAUGAAGGAAUUUAUGUAUUAAAAAAUGAAAAGAAAGGAUUUUAUUGGAAUAGAAAAGCUGCAAUAAAUGGUCAUUAUGAUUCUCAACAUAAAUUAGCUGAAUAUUAUUUUAAUAAUAAGAAUGAGAAGAAAGCAUUUAAAUGGUAUUUAAAAUUAGCCAAUAAAAAUUUUAUAAGAGCUAUUUAUUUAGUUGCAAAAUAUUAUAGAGAUGGUAAUGGAACUGAUAAAAAUUUGAUUGAAGCUUCAAAAUGGUUUAGUAAAUAUGAAUUAUCAAAAAUUUAUGGAUGUAAAUUGAUUACUUUGAAUAAUUUUUUGGAAGGUUUAGAUAUUAAUGCCUUUGAAAUAGAAACGUAUAAACAUCUUCCUUAAAUUUAUUUUAUUUUUAAUAAUUAUUUAUCAUUAUUUAUAUAUGUAAGAGCAUUAUUUAAUAUUAAU